AUGCCGGUUUACGAAUUGAUCUAUUUCAAUGCCUACGGGAGAGCCGAGCCAAUUCGGCAGUGUUUCGCGUACGCGGGAAUAAAAUACACGGAUACAAGGCUGGAAUUUUCGGAAUGGCAAGUGAUUAAGAACAACAAGAGCAGUAAGUUGGCUUGAGCAAAGAUUGUGGCCUUUCAAUGCAUGUUGUCGGAGAAAUCUCUGAAGAAAAAUGUGUAAAAAACUCGGGGAGAGAAGCUCUUUGUUGUCCAGGCGCUUCACUAUCAAAAGGCUGAAAAUUUGUAAUUGUAAGGCUGUCGGGAAAAUAAUGAGCAUUCUGUCGCCUCAAAAAUCGCAUAGUCGCCGAGAAAAUGAAUUGUGUGGCGGCAAAAUCAAAUUGCUUGCACUUCAACGAAGCGAUUGGCGCAGCGACAUUGUGCUCAUUAUUUUUCCAACAGAACGAUAACAGGUUUUCGAAAAAUUGCAAAUAAUGGCUAACAUGGAAAGACGCCAAAAUAAUGCUCAGAUUUUCAUUAAAACUUUCCAAUUUUUCAGAGAUUCCUUAUGGAGUUUUGCCAGUGCUUUUGAUUGAUGGCAAACCGCUUUGUGAGAGUCACGCAAUCACUCGCUAUGUUGCCGAGGUUGCCGGGUUGGACGGAAAAGCGGACCUUCUUGAAGUUGCCCGACUGGAUCAGGCGUAUGAGUUGUGUCGCGGUUUCUUCGAUGCCGUGAAGCCGUAUUGGCUAUGUUUGUUCGGUUUCAACCCAGAGGAUCCGGUGAGUGAAGGGAAUUUAUAAACCCUGAUGUCUGUAGUGGCUAAUUUGACGAAAGAAAUUGUACUUGACAUGUCAAAUGUUACAAGGGAACUACAUAGUACUAGCGCGACUCUCGAUUUGAAAUUUAGCACAAAUUAAGGUUACUUCUUUCUAAGGUCUAUGCGAGAUUCUUUUGACUUUAUCACAAUUUCGCUGCGCCGAUCGCGUCGCUGAAUUAAAAAGCAAUUUGAUUUUGCCACAAUUCAUUUUCUCUUCGGCGAUGCAAUUUUCGAUGCGAAAUUGUCCUCAUUAUUUUCCCGACAGACUGAUGUUUAUUGUACUUGUAUUGUUUCCAGGAAAUACUAAAGGCCGAAGUGUUCCUUCCAGCGGUGGAAAAGUAUUUCCCAAAUAUCAUCGAACUUCUACGGCCAAAUUAUAUCUUCGGACGCAACGGCAUAACAUACGUUGAUCUGUAUUGGGCCAAUAUCAUUGAAUUCUACAAAAAGCACGCCAGAGAUGUGAUCGAAAAGUACCCACAGUUUAUGGAGCAAGAGCGACUAAUCAAGGCGGUCCCAAAACUUCAAGAAUAUUUUGCCACUCGACCUAAGUGCCCGUUCUGA